AUGCGAGAGAUUCUUCACAUCCAAGGAGGGCAGUGCGGCAACCAGAUCGGUGCCAAGUUCUGGGAAGUGGUGUGCGACGAGCAUGGCGUGGACGCCGGAGGAAUCUACAAGGGCGACUCGCCGCUGCAGCUGGAGCGUGUGAAUGUCUACUAUAACGAAGCCAGCAACGGCCGCUAUGUUCCCCGCGCCGUGCUAUUGGACCUGGAGCCCGGGGUGCUCGACAGCGUGCGAGCAGGGCCGUACGGCAAGAUUUUCCGGCCGGAUAAUUUCGUGUUCGGGCAGACAGGCGCGGGGAACAACUGGGCCAAGGGGCACUACACGGAGGGCGCGGAGUUAAUUGACUCGGUCAUGGACGUCGUGCGCAAGGAGGCGGAGAACAGCGACUGUCUGCAAGGUUUCCAGGUCUGCCAUUCACUAGGCGGCGGCACGGGGUCGGGGAUGGGCACGCUGUUGAUCGCCAAAAUUCGCGAGGAGUACCCGGAUCGCAUGAUGCUGACGUUUUCCGUCUUCCCGUCGCCCAAGGUGUCGGACACGGUCGUCGAGCCGUACAACGCGACGCUAUCGGUGCACCAGCUGGUCGAGAACGCGGACGAGUGCAUGGUGCUCGAUAACGAGGCGCUCUACGACAUCUGCUUCCGCACGCUCAAGCUCGCCAAUCCCAGCUUCGGCGAUCUCAACCACCUCAUCUCCGCAACGAUGAGCGGAAUCACGUGCUGCCUGCGCUUCCCCGGGCAGCUCAACUCGGACCUGCGCAAGCUAGCCGUUAACCUCAUCCCCUUCCCGCGCCUCCACUUCUUCAUGGUCGGCUUCGCGCCGCUCACGUCGCGCGGCUCGCAGCAGUACCGCGCGCUGACGGUUCCCGAGCUCACGCAGCAGAUGUGGGACGCGAAGAACAUGAUGUGCGCCGCGAACCCGCGCCACGGGCGCUACUUAACGGCGUCCGCGAUGUUCCGCGGGAAGAUGAGCACUAAGGAGGUAGACGAGCAGCUCUUAAACGUGCAGAAUAAAAACUCGUCGUAUUUCGUCGAGUGGAUCCCGCACAACGUGAAAUCGUCCGUCUGCGACGUGCCGCCGCGCGGCCUUUCCAUGUCGUCGACGUUCGUCGGAAACAGCACGAGCAUCCAGGAGAUGUUCAAGCGCGUGAGCGAGCAGUUCACGGCGAUGUUCCGGCGAAAGGCCUUCCUUCAUUGGUACACGGGCGAGGGCAUGGACGAAAUGGAAUUCACGGAAGCGGAGAGCAACAUGAACGAUCUAGUGAGUGAGUACCAGCAGUACCAGGAGGCGAGCGCGGACGAGGAAGACGCGGGUGAAUACGAUGCUGAGGAGCUACCCUCAUCACCCCCUCGCUCAUGCCUCUUCUGCUCGCCCCUCGACAGGGAGUCAUCACAUUCAAGAGCUGCUGCAGCUGAGGCAUCGCGUGCACUCACACCCACACAUCCGCCCUUGCUCAUGCACCCACCAACACUCUCCACACGACCAGAUGCUGCUGCUGCUGCUGCUGCUGCUGCCGCUGCCGCUGCCGCUGCCGCAGCAGCUAUGGUAGCCCGAUGGGGGGCGCCGCAGCGGCCUGUGCAAGCGGGGCCUGACCAGGCACAACAUGACCCACACGUGCUUUCAACCCCUGCUGUCGCUGCUCGUUCCACCAACGCUGCUGCUGCUCCUCCUCUUUCUCCUGCUUCAGUUGUUGCUGCUGCUGCUGCUGCUGCUGCUGCUGCUGCUGCUGCUGCAGGGCCUACUGUCGCCAUUGCUGUUGCAACUGAGGCGCCAUCUCCGCGUCUGCUGCCAGCCAUACCUCUUGGCACUCUCACAACAACCUCAAGAGAAUUUGCUACUGCCACUGGCGCUGCCGCCAUUGGUGCUGCUGCUGCUGCUGCUGCUGCUGCUGCUGCUGCUGCUGUUAUUGCACUCCCAUCCUCUCCCUCCCUCUCCGCCUCGUCUUCCCCGCACAUGCCUCCCGCAUGCCCUUCCCCCGCGGAACCGCACUUCCCCUGCGCUCUCCCUUUCUCAACUUCCGCGCCCCCCGCUCCUCCCCCCCAAGCCACCGCCACGCGCUGGCGCUUGGAGAAAGGGGGAAGGUCCCAGGACGAGGGGAGGGUGGGGGAUCUGCGGAAGGGGGUCUGGGGGAAGGACUGCGGAACUUGCUGCGCUAUGUGGUGCGCCAGGGGCGAUAUGCGCUGGUUCUCAAACAUGCCUCCCGCGGACGGCGGAACCGGCGCCAGUGGUGGCGCAAGCGGUGGCGCAAGAGGAGGCGGUGGAAGGCGCGGAGGCGGAAGAAGAGCGGGAACACAGGGAAGGGCUCCAGGGCGCUGCGGCGGUGCCAAGUCCGCGGACGAGAAGGAUGCGUCCGCGCGGCGGUUCGGGGGAACUGAAGGGGGCUCGGGGGAGCCUUGCGGAGGUGAGUGUAACGAGAGGGACGCGCAGGGAGGCGCGGAUGGGGCGGCGAGUGUGCGGAAAGCGGCAGUGGCGGGGGCACAGGCCGCGCACGCACGCGGAGCGGAGGGCGGCGAUGGCUGCGCGGAAUCGUCUGCUGCAAGGCGCGCGGCGGAAACAGCAGCGGGGACUGCCGCGUCUGCAGAGCCGCUUGCACCGGCGGUAGCGGCGGCUGGUACGGCCGCGGCUGCCGUCGGCGGUGCUGGUUGGCUCUGGCGUCGUUUUCUGACGAGGAUUCGGCGGGCGGUGAGGGAUUGCACGGGUGAAGAGGACUUGUGUGUGAGGGUAUCCAUGCACAUGGCGCGCGGAGGAGCGCGAGGAGGGGGGCGCGGACGAGAGCGGGAAGAAGCGGGUGUCUAG